AUGGAUACCCCCAGUGUUCUUACCUUUGAUACUGAGGGUCGUGCUGUUGACUUUAAGGUCUGGGUCGAUGACCUCCAGCUGUUCCUCCAGUGCGAUAGGGCAGACGGCCUCUCCCUUUUCGACCUCACCUCUGGUGCCUCCCCUGCCCCGCCUGCUACUGCUGACAGCACUUACAAGAGUACUCAGACCUUGUACGACGCUGUAGUUGCACGCUACUCUUCCCCUGCCACUGCUGCACUGAGCCGCCUCAUGCUGCCGUACCUGUUCCCUGACCUUGCUGCCUUUCUCACAGUCACUGACCUCAUUACACACCUUCACACUAGUGACACUCGCUACCGCGCUGCGCUUCCUCCUGAGUUCUGUGCCAAGAACCCCCCCCCCAUGUACAUCACCCUCUACUACAUAGUCACCCGGCUCCCUUACUCCCUUCGCUUAGUCAGGGACCACUUCCUCUCAGUUUGCCCCACCACACUCACCGUUGACCUCCUUGAGGAGUGCCUCCUAGCAGCAGAGAAGAGCAUAGUCGCUGUAGGAGCCUCUCGUUAUGACCCUCGCACCCCCGUCUUUGAGGGGUGUUCCCCCUCCCCCCUCUUGCCCUCUGUUGCUUCUGCUGCUGCUGCCGACCUCGUUGGUUUCUACGGGGUCGGCACUGCGUCUGCCCCUAGCGGGAGACGCCGCACCAGCAAGGGCAAGGGGGGCAAGGGCGCUGGAGGGGCUGGCAGGGGCGGUGGAGGUGGUGGUGGAGGCAGUGGAGGGGGUGGGGGUGGUGGUGGGAGUGGUGGCGGAGGUGGUGGCGGCGGUGGCAGCAGUGGAGGCGGAGGAGGCUGCGGUGGUGGCGGAGGGAGCGGAGGCGGCGAAGGUGGCGGAGGCGGCGGAGGUGGCGGAGGCAGCGGAGGCGGCGGCGGCAGUGGCGGUGGAGCUGGUCACGACUCUGCGCAGACGAGUGGGUCCGGUGGUGGUCCGCGCCAACAGCAGCAGCGCAGUCGUGAGACCCUGACCCCUCAGCAGCUUCGUGAGUGGUACGCUGCGCGUCAGCGCGGUGGGGGUACUGGCCCCUGCACUUACGUCCUCCGUACCGGCGACCGCGCUGGUGAGCAGUGCGGGGGCCCGCACUCCACCCAGCGCUGCUUCGGCCGCCUGACGAAUGCGUGGAGUAACCAGUUCCCUGAGGCGUCAGAGAUCCCUUGCUGGGGAGAUCUGUCUAGGGCGGGGGUUGCCAUCUUUGAUCUUGACUAUGAUGCUAUUCUUGCUGCCAUGUAUGCUGUGUCUACUAGUGUUGCAGGUGACUGUUACCUGUGUGUUCCGCCUGACCCGGGCAUUGCGGCUGCUGCUCUAGGUGCUGGUGAGGCUACUGCUCUAGGUGCUAGUGCGUCUGCUGCCCAAGGUGCUAGUGCGUCUGCUGCCCCAGGUGCUGGUGAGUCUGCUCUCUCAGGUACUACAUCGGCUCAGGCCUUACACACCUUCACCCUUGACUCGGGUGCUUCCCGCUCCUUCUUUCGAGACCGCACCACGCUUACGCCGCUUAGUCGGCCGGUUGCAGUCUCCCUGGCGAACCCCUCUUGGGGUCCUGUCCUUGCUUGCUUCUCCCAUGUCUUACCGUGCCCGGCAGCCCCCUCUGGCACCCUGUCAGGUCUCUACCUCCCCUCGUUCUCUACGAACUUGGUGAGUGGAGCUGACCUACAGGAUAGGGGGGUUGACCAGUUCACUCCUGCGAGUCAGCGGGUGACCCACUACACGUGUGCUCGGACAGGCCGACACUUGGUCACGUUCACCCGUCGGCCAGGGUCGAGCCUGUACACACUUACUACUGAGUCUCCUCCGGCUGCUGAGUCUGGCCAGGUCACUGCGUCGAGUCAGGUGUUUGCUGCAGCGUCCAGGGCCUGCCCCUACCUGCGUCCCCUGCGUUGA